GUACGCAGAGAGAUAAGCGAUUUUCAGGCGAUCGUCUUUGGUUCAGCAUUACUUCUGAGUUUUUGUUUGUUUACUCUCUGAUGGGAAGUAGCAGUUCGAAACGAUCGAGCAGGAGAAACAGUCAGAGGUUUUCUCAAAGCUCUUCUUCUUCUUCUCAGAAUCCUCACCAAAACUACACGCCACAACAUUCUUCUGCUCCUUCACGGCCACUGAAGAAUCAAGGCAACAAGUAUUCACAGAUCGGAGAUGACUAUCGUUCCAUUUAUGAGGUCACGGCUGCUCUUUCGAAAGCCGGUUUGGAGUCAUCGAAUCUGAUUGUUGGUAUUGAUGUCACAAAAAGUAACGAGUGGACAGGAGCGAGAUCACUCAACAACAAGAGCUUACAUUACAUCGGACCAAAUCCAAACCCUUACGAGCAAGCCAUUUCCAUCAUCGGAAAGACUUUAUCCUCUUUUGACGAGGAUAACUUGAUCCCCUGUUAUGGUUUUGGAGAUGCUACAACACAUGAUCAGGAUGUCUUCAGUUUCUAUCCGGAUGACAAAUUCUGUAACGGGUUUGAAGACGUCCUUACACGUUACAGAGAGAUCGUUCCUCAGCUCUGUCUUGCAGGGCCGACUUCUUUUGCACCCAUUAUCGAAAGGGCCAUGACGAUUGUGGAAGAAAGCGGAGGGCAGUACCAUGUUCUUCUCAUCAUUGCUGAUGGACAGGUGACAAGAAGCGUUGAUACACAAAACGGUGGCCUCAGUUCACAAGAACGUAAGACCAUUGAUGCUAUUGUUAGAGCAAGUCGAUAUCCAUUAUCGAUAGUUCUUGUUGGUGUUGGAGAUGGUCCUUGGGAUACAAUGAGACAGUUUGAUGACAACAUCCCCGCUCGUGCCUUUGACAAUUUCCAGUUUGUGAAUUUCACGGAGAUUAUGUGGAAGAACAGUGAUCCUGGAAGAAAAGAAGCAGAAUUUGCACUUUCCGCCUUGAUGGAGAUCCCUUCUCAGUAUAAAGCCACCCUUGAGCUCGGCUUACUCGGACGAAGAACGGGAAAUUGUCCGAACAAGAUUGCUCGACCGCCACCAAUAAGUGGUCUUAAUCGAUCUUUAGCAAACAGCUCGAAAACUUCAUCUUGGUCAAGCAGUGUUGCCAGUGCACCGCAUUUGCCAAGUGGUAGUAACGAGAGCGAGGUUUGCCCAAUCUGUAUGGUUAAUACAAAAAACAUGGCAUUUAACUGUGGACAUCAGACUUGUCAUGGAUGUGGACAAGACAUUCAAACCUGUCCUAUUUGCCGCUGCUCUAUUGGAGUUCGUAUCAAGCUCUAUUAAGAAUGGUGAUUCUAUUUCAAUACAUCAUCGAUCACAAAGAUUUUAGUGGUUUUCCAUUUAUUCUUUCUGUACAUAGUUAUUUAUAUUUUUCGCAUUCUCACUGUCUCGGAUUGAAUGGAGAGUGCAGCAAUUGAUUUUGCCAUUCUUUUUUUCCUUCUGUUAACGUAAGCUUUAUUGCAGCAAUAGAUUGUUGUUUCAUGAUAGCUUGAAAACAUUUCAUGCAAGUUUUGCUAUUACUAUUGUCAUAUAUGUCCAUUGUUUGGACUAGAGGCAGUGGACAUAAAGUUCAAAACAAAAUUUCUCAAUCCCAAAACCGGAACCAAACUUUAUUCUUAUGAGCAUUUUAGUAACAACAUUUAUAUGCAGAAAUCAAACAGAACCGAUAUUCAUUAAAAAGGUAAUAUUUUUAGUUCAAUAUAUACUUAAACCACAUUUAAUUUGUACUAAAACUAUAGUAUAAGAAUAGCCAAACUUAAUAAACAUAGGAAACCAAAUUUUUUCAUACCUAAUCAUCAGAUAAACCGAAUACUGAUUAGGCCUGGUCCUACCUUACCAGUCGCGGGGCAGGAGGGUAACACGCAUACCAUUCUUCAUGUACAAUGUGGUGGUGAGCUUUGGAAUAAUAGUCUGUCCUUCAACGACUUUGACUGAAUACCUCAUCAAGAUUGCAGCAGCCACCAUUUUCAUCUGAGUAUACGCAAACUUCUUCCCAACGCACAGUCUCGGACCUGCAUUGAACACGACGUACUUGAACUGAUCUCCACUCACAAUUCUUCCUUCUUUGAUCCAUCUCUCUGGUUUGUAAUCUUCACAAUCUUUACCCCAAAUCGAUUCUAUUCUCCCCAUCGAAAAGACCGAGUAGUAAACCCUAGCGCCUUUCUUCACCCUCGUCCCGUCGGGCCACACGUCGUCAUCCAAAGCUUGUUUCAUCUCCAUUGGCACCGAAGGGUAAAGCCUCAGUGACUCUGUCAAAGCAGCUUGCAGAUACACCAUUUCCUUAAGCUCUUCUACCUCGAACCAGUCACAUGUUUCUUGCCUUGUACGUUUCCCACGAAUCUCUCUGAUUUCGCUUAGGAUUCUCUUCUCGACUUGGGGAUGUUUCUGAACUAGCCAGAAGAACCACACGAGGGCCACCGAUGUGGUGUCUCGACCUGCGAUGAUGAAACUUGUGCAGAACUCUCUGAAGUACUUGUCUGAAAAGUAGUUUCCUCUUGUGGUAUCUUCUUCUUUCUCGUACUCUCUCUGCAUAAGGCGUGACAAGAUAUCGGAGGAAUCGUUCAAGCUCCCGAGCUUCCUCAUCUUGUUCCUCCUCUCUCUCACUGUCUUAUUCGCAAACGCGUGAACGAUUGUGAUCGCUUUCUUCAGCUUUCUCUCAUACCCAAUCCCUAGAAACCUCAUGGGCUUCCACACAAAAGGAGGCAACAGAAACCUAGCAAGUGAGUACUCCGUGGCGUCUUCAAAAGCCUUAGCGAAAGGAAUCUCCGGUAAGUCGAUCUCUAACGAUCCCGGAUCAACCCCAAAGGCAGAGAUACAGAUGUUGUCAAAUGUGAAACGCAGGAGCACAUCUUGUAGAUCAAAGACUCUUUUCGAAGUAGUCAUAUUCUCCAUCAGCUUCACCAGCUUCUGCUCCACCAAAUCUCGAAUCGUAGUAAACGUGUGUUCCAAGAAACGAGAAGUAUGCAUCUCCGUUUUAGCCACACGUCUCUCUUCCUUCCACAGUUCAUCAUCGGCGUUAAAGAUUCCAUCUUCAAGAAGAUCACUAAACCUCUCUCUAUAAAACUCGCCCUUGGGGUAGUUUUUGAAAUUGGUUUUGAGAAUGUGUUCGAUGUUUGCAGGAUCUGCGGUCAUGAUACCGUAUAAUCCACCGAACCAAACUCCUCUGUAAUGAAACGUUCCACCCGCUCUGACCACCCAUUUGGUGCACCAACCAAACAGAUCGUUUUUGUUUAGGACUAACAUCGGUGUGAUCCCCAACACUGGCCACAUCACUGGCCCGCCUUUGCUCACUAGCUUCUCGCGCAAGUAACUAAGAAGAAAAAACCCUACUAGGGCUAAAGCCACGUCCGAUAACUUCAAAUGGCUGUACACCCAAUUGACCGCGGAUAACAACAUGCUCAUCUCCAUCACCUCAGAAUUUUUUAGGAUGAAACUGAAAUUGUAUAAGGCAAUGAAUAACGGAGUUACGAGAUAUUACUUUUAUUAAAUGAUCCCACCAACUUCGUUACACCUUAAUAUCAACUACUAGUCUGGAGUAUUAUUGGAAGUGUUAUUUACUUUUUAUUUUUGUUAAAC